AUGUCCCCCAAGAUCAACGCUCAGAUUUCUCCCCAGCCCUGUCCCCACUUGGCCGAGUUCCGCCGCACAUCCACCAAGCCAUUUCUCGCUCUCCACAACUGCCUCCGGGUCAAGCCUCCAGGCGGCCGCGCCGCUCUCCGCCGCGAUCCCGACGAGGUCCCCCGCUGCAGCGCCUGCGGCCUCUCCGCCCCCUCCCGCCUCUACGCCUGCGUCACGUGCGCUGCCGUGUCCUGCCACUCAUCGGCGGCCGGCGGUCCUUCCCACGCCGCCGCUCACGCCGCCUCAAUGCCGCCGGGUCACCAGAUCGCCGUCGACGUCGACCGCGCGGAGCUCUUCUGCUGCGCGUGCCGCGACCAGGUCUACGAUUGCGACUUCGACGCCGCCGUGGUGAUUGCUCAGACCACCGCGUCCACUCUCGGAACCGAUCCUCCGCUGGCGAUCCCCUCGCAUCAGCCGGAGAAUCUCCGGAAGAAACGGCGAGUGGAUUAUCGGCCUUGGGCGCCGGAUCUGCGCGAGCGCGCUCUGAUCGGGAGCUGCUCUGCACCGAUCGUCGGCGAUGGUGCCGAUCCUUCGCUGGAUUUGCCGCGCGGAUUGCGUGGACUGAACAAUUUGGGAAACACAUGCUUCAUGAACUCGGUGUUGCAAGCGCUGCUUCACACGCCGCCGUUGCGAAAUUACUUUUUGAGCGAUAGGCAUAAUCGGUUUUUCUGUCAGAAAAGGAACAACGUUGACGGAGACGGUGGUGCUGCUGGGAAGAGAAAUGGCGGCAUCAAUGGGAACAAGAAUGCGCGAAUAUGCUUAGCUUGCGAUAUGGAUUCUAUGUUUUCUGCUGUGUUUUCUGGAGAUCGCGUUCCCUAUAGUCCCGCUAAGUUUUUAUACAGUUGGUGGCAGCACGCAGCCAACCUUGCCAGUUAUGAACAACAGGAUGCGCACGAGUUUUUCAUUUCCAUGCUUGAUGGUAUCCAUGAGAAGGUGGAGAAGGGUCGGCGUAAGCCACAUAGUGAAGGCAAUGGUGACUGUUGUAUUGCUCAUAAAGUAUUCUCUGGUAUCUUGCGAUCAGAUGUUACAUGUAUGGCCUGUGGUUUCACAUCAACUACUUAUGACCCAUGCAUAGACAUCUCACUGGACUUGGAACCGAAUCAAGGGAGUUCUAACAAAAUGGGUACUGCAACAUCAAAUCAUUCUUGCAAUGGUGAGGCUGAUUGCAUGAAUUCAAGCCAAAACUUUGGAACAUCUACCUUGAUGGGAUGCUUGAAGAGAUUUACAAGAGCAGAGAGAUUGGGUUCUGACCAAAAGUUUUUCUGCCGGCAGUGUCAGGUGAGGCAAGAAACACUCAAACAGAUGUCAAUAAGGAAACUUCCCCUUGUUUCUUGCUUUCAUAUAAAAAGAUUUGAGCAUUCUUCAACAAGAAAAAUGUCCAGGAAGGUGGAUCGCUACCUACAAUUCCCAUUUUCACUGGACAUGUCACCGUAUCUCUCAUCAACAAUUUUAAGGAGUCGAUUUGGGAACAGGAUCUUUCCUUUUGAUGGGGAUGACCCUGAUGCUUCAGAUGAGUUGUGUUCAGAGUUUGAGUUGUUUGCCGUUGUCACGCACACUGGUAAGCUGGAUGCUGGGCAUUAUGUUACUUAUCUGCGAUUAAGCAAUCGAUGGUACAAGUGUGAUGAUGCUUGGAUUACUCAAGUUGAUGAGAACAUUGUGAGGGCUGCACAGUGUUACAUGAUGUUCUAUGUACAGAAGAUGCUUUACUAUAAAGCAACUGAUAAACAGGUCGCCUCUUGA